CUUCUUCAUAUUCUUAAGUCACGAUUCUUGAAAAUCUUUAUUACAAAAAACCGAAGAAAAGCCCUAGAAUCAUCUUCUUCCGCGGCUCUCUCUUCCUCUCUUCCCCCGUUUUCCAUCGACGCUUCUCUCCGUUUCGACGGGUUUCGGCAUUGAACCACACUCUGGUUGGCCUCAAGGCAGAUUACCCAGAUCUGCGAAUUCGGACUUGCUAAAACUCCGACAACCAAGGUUCAGAGUCUUUUCAUUUUCGUUUCGAGGAGAAAAGAAAUGUUUUACUCGCACACGUUGUUGGCCCGUAAAACCCCAUUAGGGACCGUGUGGUGUGCAGCUCAUUUACAGCACCGUCUGAACAAGAAAGACUAUGAGAAGACUAAAAUUUCUGUUGUCGUCGAUGCAAUCAUGUUUGGAGAAGUUCCUCUUGCCCUGCGGACGUCAAGCUACCUUCUGUUGGGUGUUGUGCGGAUUUAUUCAAAGCAAAUUGAUUAUUUAAAACAUGAUGUCGAUGUUUUGGUGAUGGAGUUACGAAAAAUGCAUAUGCAUGCGUCAGCGAUACUCACUUUGCCUGAUAGUGUUUAUCAAGCACCGUUUUAUUCUAUCACUUUGCCUGCGACUUUUGAUCUUGAUGCCUUGGAAUUGGAUAGUGAUAUUUACCAUGAUGGAGUUCCAGAUACUCAUAUGAAGAGUCAGGAAGAGAUCACUCUUGCAGAUCAGACUUAUAUUGGAAGAGAUGCUUAUUUAGAUAUAUCUUUUGAGGAGGAUGUCAUGCAUGACUCAACACAUCCUGGAGGGUCUUCUGAUCAGUUCGUUUCAAUGGAAGAUGACAUGAUCCCGCCACCUCAUGUGGAUAUUACUAUGGAUGUUGAAGUCCCAAGUGAUUUUGAAGAUAUACUUAACACUGGCCAUGAUGGGGACAAUAUGCCACAUAGUUUUCCUGAAGUUGAAGUUACGGAUGCCAUGAAUGUUCAAGAUUUUGGUCCGAGUAAUAAGGGCAUUCCUGAAGAUGUUUUGUCUCCUCAAAAUGUUCCAGAAAUGGAAGUUCCACGGGACGUCCCUGUUUUUAGUACAAAAGAUGUUCCUAUAGUGUCUCCACCUGGUGGUGAUGUCAUAUCUGAACCACCCAGCCCGAUAGAUGAGAAUAUAAAUCCGGAUAAGCUAUCAAUCAUUGAAGACAAGAUGACUCCGACGAAGACAUCAUUACCACAUGAGCAAAGUGCCGGACCUCCAACUUCUGCUUCUCCACCAGAGGCAUUGAUUCAACCUUCAGUAGAGCAUGUUCUUCAACCCACUCCUCCACAACAGCCGAGGCCAAGAUCGAGGAAGAGAAAACAGUUCUUUGAUAAGUCUACUGUGUUGACUAAUAAGUUUAUGAAAAAGGCUCUUGAGGAUUCCAGUGAUUUAUUACGUGAAAGAAGAAACAUUCCAAGCUCUUCUUUGGAAGUAUGGAAGUUAAACAACAAGCUGAGAGAAAAAAAAGUUUUCCAUCAUCCUUCCAUCACUGGUCUUUGUCAUAAUCUCUCAGAUAUUUUUAAUGUGGACUAUAUUGCUACAAAAUGUCGUACAAUAUCCUUGGAGGAGGCUUUGGAGAACUUUGGGGAUGCAAGAAAUGUUACUUCCACGAGUGAGACUUUAUCAGGCCUAAUAUAUGCUCCACCUCUAGCUCCAGAAGUUGCUUCCACUCCAUAUACCGAAAUUCCGAGCUCUGUUGAUCCUGCUGGAAACAUUCCUUCAGCAGGCGAAACAUUUGUGCUCCCUACAGUUGCUCCAUCUCCAGAAGUUUCUUCUUCGCCACAAUCUAGAAUCCCACCCACUGUGAAUCCUGCUUCUGUUUCCUAUUCUGGUGAGAUUGAACAUAUACGUGACGUUGAAGGAAAUCGAGGGGACGAAACCAUGGGAGACUUAGAUGCUUCUCCAGAAAGGCCCAUGCCUUCUCCGAGGCCUUCUGAAGGCUUAGUUACCCCUGUACCAGUAUCAACUGAACCUUCAACCUCCAUGUUUGAAACUCCGGGGACAAUUGAUGAGGGAUUGGGUGCAGAAGAUCUUACACUCUCUGAUAAGCAGAUUGGUACUGCAGACGAGGAUCUUUAUUUCCUGGAAGUAGAUAGCUCACCGGCUGGUAAAUCAAGAUCUCAGGGAACUCGUGGUGUUGACUCGUUGUCAGUGAGAACGAGGGCUUUAGGUCGGUAUUUAAGGAGUCUUUCUCCUAUAAAAUCAAUCUCAGAUAACUCGAACCAAGAUCUUUCUUUGAAUGGCAUCCUAGAAGGAAAAAGAAGAAAGCUAUGUGCGCGGAUGUUCUAUGAGACGCUGGUUUUGAAGAGUUAUGGACUUAUUGAUGUACAACAAGAUGUACCUUAUGGUGACAUCACUUUGAAACUGACGCCAAAGCUUUCUAUGGUUCAAAUAUAGUAAAUUAUAUAUUUGGCUAAGGUGUGCAUUGUAUUUACUGGUUUGCAGAUGACGUCCGCUCGAGAUGUUUCAUGUAUAAUUUUCCAUGUUGCAAGAAGAUUUUGGAUCAGUUUAGCCGUAGCAAAUUUUGACCCCUGUAUAUGUAUAGCAUGGUUUCUAAUGGUUUAGUGGUAAGAUGCCUAAUGUAAAUUAUGAAGGCUAAUUAUCAUUUUUUAUUUACUUUAAACAAAUAUGUUCUAUAAAUUUUACAAAUUAUAUUUACAGAAUAUUACAAGUUUAAUAUGCCUCAUAUUUAUUAAUUGUGAGGUAAUCUUAGGGGGUUUGAUAUGAAGUUGGAGUGACUCUUUAAGAGUGUUUUGGGAGUGAUUUAAUUGAUUUUGGAGGAAUUAGGUGAUAAAAGUGAUUUUUGUUAGGUGUUUUCUAGUCAAUCACUCAAAAUGUUUAUCUAAUUCUAAUUAGUUUA